GUGAUUCAUUCCCUCCUUUGCCCGGGGGCUCCCUUCCCGGACAGACCGGCGGGGCAGACGGCUGGGUGUGCAGCGACCUCGAACCUGUGAGCCAGAAAGCAGAGCUUCUUCUGCGUCCCAGGAAUUCCAGCACACACCAUGGCGGACUCCGAGCGCCUCUCAGCCCCUGGCUGCUGGUUAGCCUGCACGAGCUUCUCGCGCACCCGAAAGGGACUGCUCUUGUUUGCUGAGAUUAUACUGUGCCUGGUGAUCUUAAUUUGCUUCAGUGCAUCUACAUCAGCGUACUCCUCCCUGUCGGUGAUUGAGAUGAUCUUUGCUGCUGUGUUAUUUGUCUUCUACAUGUGUGACCUGCACUCUAAGAUAUCAUUCAUCAACUGGCCUUGGACUGACUUCUUCAGAUCCCUCAUAGCAGCUAUCCUGUACCUGAUCACCUCCAUUGUUGUCCUUGUAAAUGGAAGAGGCGGCUCCAAUAUUGCUGCUGGGGUACUGGGCCUAGCUGCAACAGUGCUCUUUGGCUAUGAUGCCUAUUUCACUUUCCCUCUAAAGCAGCAAAGACAUACAGCGGCCCCCACUGACCCCACAGAUGGUCCAUGAUCCUCAUUUGUCUGACUCUGCUACCUGCCAAUAGCUCCUCCAUCAAAAACUUCCUCCUGCCCAGUGUGGUGGUGCACGCCUUUAAUCCAAACUCAAGAGGGCAGAGGCAGGUGGAUCUCUGAGUCCGAAGUCAGGGCUAUACAGAUCCUGUUUCAAAAAAAAAUACCUCCUCCUGUUUCCACAACACUCCCAGCCAAUUCUCUGACCUCGUUGAAAGUGCUUAUGGUACAAGAGAUUGAACCUAGAGCUGAGUGCUUACUAGGCAAGCACUCUCCACUGAGCUAUAUCCCUGUAAAAGUGCCUUUAUUGGGAGUUUUGUCUUCCAGCCUGCCAAUCUACCCUCCUGGGUGUGGUCACCUUUAUGGGUGUACCUAGUUCCCCCUCUGCUCUGCAGUACUAGAAGCUGACGUGAGUUUUGCUUGAAUCGUACUCCCACAUAAGCUACAAAAUGAGGGACCCACUACAAAUAACCCUUUUCUCUAUGUGGCUGUGAAGGGCUAAAUAAAUAAUAAAAAGUGUUAAAGUCUAUAA